CCCAAUCCUAUAAAACACAUGUUCGAAUCACACACGCGACUAUACUAGCCCGAGUUCGAGAUGCAUUUUCUUCGACCACUGAAACUCAUAUCGCAAACGACGCAUCGCGUUUGCGUGAAAACGCCUUCCAGAUCGGCGGCGAAAAUGACGGUGCGAGACGCACUGAAUCUGGCCCUCGACGAGGAGUUGGCUCGGGACGAAAGGGUGUUCAUAAUAGGGGAGGAAGUCGCGCAGUUCGACGGCGCUUACAAGGUGACGCGCGGUCUUUGGAAAAAGUACGGCGACAAGAGACUAAUCGACACGCCGAUCACGGAGGCCGGAUUCUGCGGCAUAGCCAUCGGCGCGGCGCUCUUGGGCCUCAGGCCGAUAUGCGAAUUUAUGACCUUCAACUUCGCCAUGCAGGCCAUCGAUCGCAUUAUCAACGGCGCCGCGAAGAAUCUCUACAUGUCCGCCGGCAGAUAUCCCGUUCCCGUUCUAUUUCGCGGUCCGAACGGCAACGCGAAAGGCCUGGCCGCGCAGCACUCGCAAUGCUUCGCCGCGUGGUACAUGAGCGUACCCGGCCUGAAGGUCCUGUCGCCUGCGACCUGCGAGGAUUACAGGGGCUGUUUGAAGUCGGCCGUGCGGGACCCCGAUCCCGUCAUCAUGCUGGAGAGCGAGCUGCUUUACAACGUCGAGUUUCCGGUAUCCGACGAAGCUAUGGACAAGGAUUAUCAGAUACCCAUCGGCAAGGCCAAGGUGGAAAAGUCCGGCGAGCACAUCACUCUGGUGACGCACGGCCAGGCGUAUUUGUACACGCUUCAAGCCGCCGAGAUAUUGGCCGGGCAGGGAAUCGAGGCGGAAGUCGUGAAUCUGCGCUCGCUGAGACCCUUGGACUGGGACGCUGUGUUCAAGUCGAUCGGCAAGACGCACAGGCUGAUGACGGUCGAGCUCGGCUGGCCCAGAUGCGGCGUCGGAUCUGAGAUAGUCGCGACGGUGAUGGAGAAUCCGGUGUUCUUUCAGCUCGACGCGCCUGCGGUGCGCUGCACCGGCGUCGACGUUCCGAUGCCGUAUUCGGAGAAGAUUGAAUACGAGUGCACGCCGAAGGACCAUCAUAUAGCUGACUACGCUAAACGCGUUUGCGGCACAAAACUCUAAUAUCCGUUUGCAUAAAUAAACUUUUACUCACUGAAAU